AUGGCUGGUUUUAAUGACAACUUUGCUAUAAUGGGAGAAUGGUUAGAGUGUAGUCCUAACCACAAGAAGAGAUCCAAAGCAGAACUCGAUAGAGAGGUUUCUUUAGAAGAAGACGUUAAGGAUAAAGAUUUUCUCCAAACCAACUCUCAAGAGAGAUCUAGUUACUCACGAGGUGAUCUUAGUGAAAGAAUUGCUGCAAGAACCGGGUUUAAUGUACAGAGUAUAAACACUGAUGAGAGUAAUCUUUGGUCUCUAUGUUUAAACCUCUCUUCUCAUGGUGUUAGCUCUGAAACUCUCCUAGAGUCUCCUGUCUUCCUCUCAAACCCUUUGCUAUCUCCAACAACAGGAAAGCUCUCAUCACUAUCUCUAGAUCAUAAGGCUAAGGAUGAGUUCUUUGAUUCUACAAUCAAUGGUUUAGAACCUGAUGAUUCCCAAGCCUAUGAGCAAACACAUGAUAGUGGUUUAGGAGACUCGGUGCUUAGUGUUGCACCUGGAGAUGAUGGAUACAACUGGAGGAAAUAUGGACAGAAGCUAGUAAAAGGAAGUGAGUAUCCACGUAGCUAUUACAAGUGCACACACCCUAACUGUGAGGUCAAGAAGAAGGUUGAACGGUCCAGGGAAGGAUAUGUUACAGAGAUCAUAUACGCAAAAACUCAUAAUCACCCGAAACCUUCACCUAACCGCCGUUCAGGGAUUGGAACAUCUGGUACAUGCAAUGACAUGCAGAUAGAUGGAACCGAACAACAAGAAGGUUUUGCUGGAGCUAAUGAGAACAUAGAAUGGACAUCACCUGUAAGCCAUCCUCAGUUUGGAUAUGGUGAUGAAGGAACUGAUGCCUUCUUUAAAAAUGAAGAAGAUCGCACGUGCCACAUGAAUGUUUCCAUUGGUUACAAAGGGGAAGCAGAUGAAUCCGAGCCAAAGAGAAGGAAACUCGAAGCUUGUGCAUCCCGAACCAACCGUGAGCCAAAGGUCGUGGUGCAGACCACAAGUGAAGUUGACAUACUCGAAGAUGGCUAUCGCUGGCGCAAGUAUGGACAAAAGGUCGUCAAAGGAAACCCUAAUCCAAGGAGCUACUACAAAUGCACAGCGAGUGGAUGUAUCGUAACGAAGCAUGUGGAGAGAGCUUCUGAUGACCUCACGUCCGUACUAACCACUUACAUAGGCAAGCACACUCAUGAAGUACCAGCAGCACGCAACAGUAGCCACCUGAGUUCAAGCAGCUCAGGGGCUACUACUACCCAAGGCAGUUUAGCGACUCAGACCACACAAAACCACCCAGUGCCACACAGUAGAUAUGAGGGAAUGGUCACAGCCAACUCAUCUCUAUUUGACUUCCAGACACCCAUGAGACCUCCUUGGGCUGGUUUCUCGGCUUACGGAGGCGAAACUGAGCUUUUGGGUCUUUCAAUAUCUGGUUUAGAUAUUGGACAAGAGAGGUUAAGCAUGCCAACACCUGCAAGUGGUGAUACAGCUGGGCUGAUGCUGCAGUUACCAUCAGAGCCGAAGGUGGAACCAGUGUCACCACAGGAACUUGGAUUCUCGAGGAGCUCAUUGAUAUACAGAGACAUGAGUACUUUACCACAAAUAUGA